GUCGAGCCCACACUCCCGCAUAUGCAACAUCAAGGACGACAACGACAACAAUAACGAGGGCCAGCGCCCGGCGCAUUGUCUCGGAAACAGUCCGCCGUAAACUGCCAGAUAAGUCGCGCCAUGAUCCAGUUCGUGGCUGUGGGAGCGUGUUAUUUGGACACAAUCCUCGACGUUCCUCGCUUCGUCCAGGAGGACGAGAAGCUCCGCGCCACGAGACUCACUCGCCGCAGGGGCGGCAACUGCGCAAACACGAUCGAGGUCCUGCAGCAGCUCGUCGGCCUAGCCGCUCAGGGAUCCUGCGUCGGCGCCACUGCCGAACUGGGAACAACGCAUGUUGAGGAGAUUCACCGUCGUCCUCGUCGUAAAGAUGGAGGUGAACAAGUGCCAAAGGCGCAGAUUCGGAGCAGUCUAGUCUCCGUGCUGCCUCACCGAGCAUCUUUGGCUGUGCAGCUCAUCGCGGAGUCUCUCGGUUGUGCUCCGCCUCCAGAUAUCGAGGCGGGCCACGCCACCAGCAGCGGCAGCGGCAGUGGAGAUGUCAGAGCUGUCAGUGCUUCUUCCAGCAGUGGUGAUGAUGACCACGGCAUAAACCGCUCGCAGCACGUCUCCCUCGAGCACUGCAUCUACAGACAAGACCACCAGGAGCCGGCCUCGUCGUACAUCAUCCGCAGCCAAGAGAAUGGUUCUCGCACGAUCGUCAACUACAACGAGCUUCCCGAUAUGACUGUCGCCGAGUUCCGGAGUGUCGCGGAUGCCAUUGCCGGGCAGGGGCAUGAGAUGUGGUUUCAUUUCGAGGGACGGUCACCAGCGAUCACUCUCGACUGCAUGAGAUAUAUCCGUGCCGCAUACCCUGCCGCACGCGUGAGCGUGGAGGUUGAGAAGCCGGGCCGGCCCGGGCUGCAAGAGCUUGUCCCCGAGGCUGAUGUCGUGUUCUUCUCAAGAGGAUGGGCGCAGGAUCGAGGAUAUGAGGAUUGUGAGGCCUGCGUUAGGGAUCAAGCUCAACAUGCUCUAAACGCCACAAUGCUCUGCUGCACGUGGGGCCAGACGGGCGCAGCAGGCAUCGAGCCCAAGACGAAGACAUAUGCGCAACGAGGCGCAUGGGUUUCCGACGAGCCUUGCACAGUCGACACGAUCGGAGCAGGGGACACUUUCAUGGCGGGCAUGCUGUACGCCUGCCUGGCCCACGGGGAGGACUGGCCCUUGGGUAAGAAGCUAGAGUUCGCAAAUGAGCUGGCGGGGAGAAAGGUCGUCCAGGAGGGCUUUGCUGGGCUGGCUGAACCGAUGAGUGGAUGGUUGUGAUACCCUCGCCGGGGUUGUGCUUAAUAGCUGGCGUUACGCAUAUAUAAGCACCCUCGAGACGAAACGGUUGGAAGCUUUCGGAGGCACUCUUUGAGUAUUCAUGUAGGCAUUCCAGCCACAGUCGAGGUAUUUUCGACUCGGAUAGUAACAAGAGUUUCAGUGCAGACACGGAGGCCGAUUGGUUAUACUGCUGCUGCCGUACUCAUAUGCACGACGGUGUGCGGGGGAGGUCUGCAGCUUCGCAUACUUUCACGCGGAAGAGGGCACUUCUUUAGCACUAGCAAGGCUUUUGAAGAUGUUCAAUGCAUUCGCAAUUGUUCCACCA